GCUAAAUGCCGCAAGACCUAUCUAGUUGCUGUGAAUUAUGCCAAGACGACAAUGGAGUGCUUUUUUAAUGGUACAAUGCAUUUCACCUACCAGAUAGGGGGAGUCCACGCUGAGAGAUGGGGAUGUCUUGUGAUGUUGGGUGAUCAGUAUCAAUGAAGGGGGUUAUUCUGAAAAGAGACAGAUUAAAAUAAAGCGCUCUUUGCUCGGGAUGUGCUGGAAGCAGUUGGGAGGGCUACCCGGAGCGGGCGGCCGCGGCAGCCCCGCGCCGCACUUUUCCCCCUCCGCACAAGAAAAUGAUCAAGUCAAUCAUGUGGACAUGCUUCAUUAUUCAUUGAACACAAUCUUUUACAACGCUCCGUUUACGUGCGGGAGUUUCUUCUACGCUUUGCUUUAAAUUUUAAGGUUUUAUUUUUACAGUUGUGACCUUCAGUACCUAUCCUGUGUCUUUUAAGAAUUUCCUCAUCCAGGGAACAGAUUCGUUGGCUUAAGAAUAACUGAGGAGGAUCUACAAGAACUUUCAUCUUCCAUCGAUUAAAGAAUUAAACCUCGCCACACUCCAGCCAACCAGAUGGAGAAACCGAGGCAAAGAGGUUAAAGGAUCUCUCGUGAGCCACAGAGUGUGUUGAUGUCUGUUCCCACAUGUGCACAGACUGCUAGACUUCACUGCCCUGGCUGCAGCAGGGAAGUGGGACGCCCCUUUGGCAAUCUGUCAGUGCCAACCUGAGCCGCAUCCUUUCACUGGGUUUUUUCUAAGCUGACUGACAGUCCUUAAAACAAGUAUGCAGUUAAGCUGCUAAGAGAUGGAAGAAGCUAGUUUGUGCCUUGGUGUUUCUUCAGCUGUGCCAGAAGCUGACGCCCAUCUCAACAGCACCAUACUAAAUGGGCAAUAUUCAAUGAGUCAGAAGCUGCACCAGAUCACUUCCCAGCUCAGCCAUGCCUUCCCGGAGCUCCAGAACAGGCAGAAUCCGGAGGAGAAGGCAUCAGUGCCGCUAGAAGACAAAAGCCACAUGUCCAUAGCAAACCAGCCCAUCAGCAGUCAGAUGGCCCUCUUGGCAAACCAGCUCAAUAGAGAGGUGGAUACCAGUUUGAAUGGGCGUGUGGAUCUGCAGCAGUUUUUAAAUGGACAGAACCUGGGGAUUAUGUCUCAGAUGAGCGACAUAGAGGAUGAUGCCAGGAAAAACAGAAAGUACCCGUGUCCCCUCUGUGGGAAACGCUUUCGAUUUAACAGCAUCCUGUCACUACACAUGCGAACUCAUACUGGAGAGAAACCAUUUAAGUGUCCCUACUGUGACCACAGAGCAGCUCAGAAAGGCAACCUGAAGAUACACCUGCGUACUCAUAAGCUUGGAAACCUCGGCAAAGGUCGUGGAAGAGUCCGAGAAGAAAACAGGCUUUUACACGAACUGGAGGAGAGAGCAAUUCUUCGGGACAAACAGAUGAAGAGCAGCCUCUUGCAGCCACGACCUGAUGUGAAGGCACAGCAGCACACCCAGCCAAUGCCGCUCGCAAACUGUAACUUGUCUGUGCCGCCUAAUCACAGCACACCUGAUAUUUCAAACCCUGUUCCCUCUCCAAAACCAGUCAGUGUCCAGGAAGAAGUUGUUGCUCAGACAGCUGGGUUCAGAUGCACAUUUUGCAAAGGCAAGUUUAAGAAGAGAGAAGAGCUGGACAGGCACAUAAGGAUCCUGCACAAGCCUUACAAGUGCACCCUGUGUGACUUUGCCGCCUCGCAGGAGGAGGAGCUGAUUAGCCACGUGGAGAAGGCUCACAUAACUGCAGAGUCAGCGCAGGGCCAGGGCUCCAACGGGAAUGGGGAGCAAUCCACCAAUGAGUUUCGCUGCGAGGUGUGUGGCCAAGUGUUUAGCCAAGCCUGGUUCCUAAAAGGCCACAUGAGAAAGCACAAGGAUUCCUUUGAACACUGCUGUCAGAUCUGUGGGAGGCGAUUCAAAGAGCCUUGGUUUCUUAAAAAUCACAUGAAAGUUCACCUGAAUAAGUUAUCUGUAAAGAACAAAUCUCCUAAUGAUCCCGAAGUACCUGUCUCCAUCAGCAGCAUGUCCCAGGAAGCUCAUGCAAACUUGUAUUCAAGAUAUCUGUCAUGUUUGCAGAGUGGGUUUCUUCCUCCUGACAAAGCAAGUUUAAGUGAACAAAAUCAAAUCUAUAACAAAGGAGACAUGCCCAUGAAAGAGAAAGAAGUUUUGGGGAAGCUCCUUUCACCCAUUUCUGGCAUUGGCCACAGUAUUGCUGAAGGGGAUAAACAUUCUUUAUUGGGCUGUCUCAAUCUGGUGCCUCCUCUGAAAUCCAGCUGUAUAGAAAGGUUACAAGCUGCCGCCAAAGCAGCAGAGAUGGAUCCAGUAAACAGCUAUCAGGCCUGGCAGCUUAUGGCAAGGGGAAUGGCCAUGGAACAUGGCUUUUUGUCUAAAGAGCAGCAGAUACAGCGCAGCCAUGAAGACACUUUGGCAAAUGCUGGAGUUAUGUUUGAUAAGGAGAAGCGGGAGUAUGUGUUAGUAGGAGCAGAUGGCUCUAAGCAGAAAAUGCCUGCUGAUUUGGUUCACAGCACUAAAAUGGGCAAUCAGAGAGACUUGCCAAACAAACUAGACCCUUUAGAAGGCAGUAGAGAUUUUUUGUCACAUGGUAUGAACCAGGGGCUCGAUUACAACUUACAAAGUCAUGGAAACGUAAAAGAAAAGCCAACUGAAUGCCCGGACUGCGGAAGGGUUUUUAGAACAUACCACCAAGUGGUCGUUCACUCCAGGGUCCACAAAAGAGACAGGAAAGGAGACGAUGAAAUAAUUCAAGGUAGUCUCGAUGAGCGACGUGGGUCUGGCAGUGAUCAAGAGUCUCAGUCUGUCAGCAGGUCGACAACACCAGGGUCCUCUAACAUUACUGAAGAAAGCGGAGUAGGUGGGGGUCUCUCGCAGACGGGGAGUGCCCAGGAGGACAGCCCACAUCCUUCCUCACCCUCCUCUUCAGACAUUGGAGAAGAAGCUGGGAGAUCUGUAGGAGUCCAGCAGCCAGCUUUACUGAGAGACAGGAGCCUUGGUUCUGCCAUGAAAGACUGCCCAUAUUGUGGAAAAACUUUCAGAACAUCCCAUCACUUAAAGGUCCACUUGAGAAUACACACAGGUGAGAAGCCUUACAAGUGUCCACAUUGUGAUUAUGCUGGUACUCAGUCUGCAUCCCUCAAAUACCACUUGGAACGACACCAUCGGGAGCGACAGAAUGGAGCGGGACCACUCUCUGGGCAGAGCGCAGGUCAAGAGCACAAAGAUGAGACAUCAAGUAAAAGUUCUGUGUUUAUUAGGCCAGAUAUUUUGAGAGGAGCCUUCAAGGGACUUCCUGGUAUCGAUUUCCGAAGUGGCAUGGUCUCGCAGCAGUGGACGUCAGGAAUGCUGUCUUCUGGAGAUCAGCAAGGACAAGCAGCUGGCAUGUCAUCUGAAGUAUCUUCAGAAAAUAUGAAAGGGUCAGACAUAUCUUCCAAAGGAACACACUUCUCUGAACUUGGCCGUGCUUACCAGAACAUGGUUGGGAACGGUGUGAACUUUCAAGGGUCUUUGCAAGCUUUCAUGGACAGCUUUGUCCUAAGUUCUUUGAAGAAAGAAAAAGAAAUGAAGGAUAAAGCUCUCUCAGAUCCGCUUUCAGCAAAAGCUCUGGGCUCAGAUGGUGCUGAGGAAAAGAUAAACAGCAAGUCCUCACAGCGAAAAACAGAAAAGUCCCAAUACGAACCUCUGGACUUGUCCGUAAGGCCAGACGCAGCCUCCCUGCCAGGGUCAUCUGUUACUGUGCAGGACAAUAUUGCUUGGCACGGCUGCUUGUUUUGUUCCUUUACAACUUCAUCUAUGGAACUAAUGGCUCUGCACCUCCAGGCCAAUCACUUGGGCAAGGCUAAACGUAAAGACAACAUCAUAGGCAACAACAAAGACCAGUCUAGGGAGACUUCAGCCUCGGUGAAUAAAGUGAGCUUGCUCCCCUCUUCUGUGCAGUCCAGCAAGGAGGCAGGAGUUUCAAACAUGCUGAGCCAGCUGGACUCAGCUUCUGAGAAAAUGACCCAAGGACAAAGUAAAGAGACCCUGGGAGAGCAAAAGAGCACUGCCUGGCCCAGCCACAUGGAAUCCACUUUUUGUAAUUUUACAACAGACUUCUAUAAGCAGUUCGGUGUUUAUCCUGGUGUUAUUGGCACAGGAACACAAAAUUCUUGCACCAGUAAUGAAUCCGAAAUCAAAACACAAUCUGAAGAUGACCCAAAUAUUCUGCUCUCUGACUCUGUAAAUAAAAGUGCUACUGAUGACCUUUCUGACAUAGCUUCAUCUGAGGAUAUGGAAUCUUCCAAGGAAGAAAACAUUGAAGAUGAGGACAUUGACACAGAACCAGAUAUUAUGAAUAAGCAGUUGUCUGCCCUAAAUAAAGAAAGCAGUGAAGGAGGCGACAAUAUACAAAGUGGAGUCACCUCACAACCAACACAAGGGCUCGUAUCACCACUGCCACAAGCUUCAGAAAAGCAGUGGCACAGUCAGAAUCUUCUCUCCUCACAUGAAACUGCACAAGGAGUGAUGAAACCCGAACAAGUUCAGGGUCCGCAGGUCCUGGAGAAGCAGAUGAACAUGUUGUCAGUCCUAAGAGCUUACAGCUCUGAUGGCUUAGCAGCCUUUAAUGGACUUGCAAGUAGCACAGCAACUAGUGGAUGUAUCAAGAGACCUGACUUGUGUGGUCACCGGCCUUUCCAGUGCAGAUACUGCCCAUACAGUGCCUCUCAGAAGGGAAACCUGAAGACCCACGUUCUCUGUGUCCAUCGCAUGCCUUUCGACAACAGCCAGUAUCCCGACCGCAGGUUCAAGCGCUCCAGGGUCGACUCCGAAGCUUCUGGGAAUUUGGAGGAACCUGCAGCUGUCAAGCCGGGGAGCUCGGCAGAGCUAACGGAGGAGGGCAGCAAGGCCCAGGAGUGACACUGCUCGGCGGGUCCCUCUCCGUCCUGCAGUAGCCUUUCACACCAGGUUUAGAUUCAUGUUUGGGUGAGAGCUGGCUUAAAACACCUUCCAAGGGAAGGGGUGACAAGUUCCCAGAAGUGUACAGGAUGCUGAAAACAUUUAAGUAUAUGUAUAUGUACAUGGACACACGGACAUGUAUAUAUAUUUACAGACACACGGAGAGAUUCAGUCACA